CGCCGUUCGGCCCGGAUCCCGGCCAGCUCGUCGAUCCCGGGAGCAUGAACUUUGCGUUCCACGAGCUCUUCUCGACCGCGACACAGCCAGCUAUCUCAUUCCCAUCUCCAAACGAACCAGGUCCGUCCAAUGCACCCAACGCACAGCCAGGAGGACGCAGGACAGGCUCAAGCCAGGCAUCAUCGACUGCCUCCUCUCCGCCCUCGGGCAAUACAUCGUCUCGCAGGAGAGUGCGCCCUAAGAUAGCACUCGCCCCAGGACAACCGCCAACGGCGCGAGGGAACGACCGCAUUCGCGUCUACGUUGCUUGUCAUGAAUGUCGCUCGCGUAAAAUCCGCUGUGAUGGCGCAAAGCCCAUCUGCGUUCAGUGCCAGAAGCGCCCUCCUACGUCAGGCGCUUGCAGUUACGACGCCGCGCCUAAUAGAAAGGGCCAUGACAGGCGCGGUAAAGGCACAUCUCGCAGUGCACCCGGUCCCAGUGCCGCCAAACGAAGACGGACGGGUGCAGGACUAGCGCCGUCGGACCACGCAGACCAGUCGCGUUCAUCCUCCGAGUCUGACACCGAGCAACCUGAUACAAGCUUACCGGCUUCCAGCGAUGACCCUGAAGACGCCGAGGCUCUAGAACACAUUGACACUGGCGCUCAGGAGAUAUUUGACUUCAAUAUUGACGACGCGUGGGAGUACGACCCGUUUCCGCUUGACCCGGACAACCCAAAUCUAUUCGAGCUGCCCCAAUUUCCUCCCAUAAGCCCACCGCAUUCGCAUCAUAGCCAGGAAGAUCAGCAAGACGAGUCCAUCCCAUCCCGGCCGAGCGUCCAGUUUUCGCGCGAGACGUGGUGGGAUGCCCUUCUCGCCUUCUAUGCCUCAGAGCGCGACAUUACCCCAGACGAGAUGCAUGCGAUUUCCCUGACCUCUGACCAGCGCAACCGCUCGAUGCGCUACAUCAUUUCUGACCUCCGCGCGGUGUUCCAGUCUUCCGCGUCAUGGAUGAGCUUCUUGAACCUCCCUAGGUUCUUCGCAACCGUCUUAGAUCCUUUGCGCAGGACAGAAAUGCAGCCGAGUCUCCUGAUGAGUAUGCUGGCACUGGGUGUCCUAUCGCAGAGCUCAGAACUGGAACGGGGAUUGAAAGGCCGUCAGCGAGCGCUCAAGCUGCUCGACAUGGCGCACGGCGCGCUGCAAAGCAGCCUUGCCGCCGGAUGGGUCGACGUCGGGCUGGCACAGAGUGGCUGGAUGAUCAUGUACUUCGAGCUGAACUCGCAUCCAAUGCAAUCAUGGCAACGCUCGCAGUCCGCCAUGCUCCUCCUCGACUCCCUCGUCCGCCUCUUCUCGCUCACCACUCUGGACGCCGGCCAGCACCGCAAAGGAAUGGCAGGGUCUAGCGCACUGGAAUCCCUGAGGCACAGCAUCUCCGGAGGCCCCGACAUCAUGAUGUAUCCCCCGACGACGUCAAUAUCUGAGAUCGCCCCGCAGCUGCCGAAUAAUUUGUGGCCCCCGCAGGCGCAACCCAGCCUUCCACAGUUCAAUGCACACGGGCAGUUCAUUCCGCAGCCCACCCCGCAAACGUUGCAGCAGCCGCAGCCUAUUCCGAAUCCGUUCUACUCAACCUCUCUCGACCCUAUAGACCCUAUCCUUCCGCGUGCCGGCAGGCCGUCGACGAUGCCUCCCGGGGCUACAGCGUCGUCAAGCGGGCACAGAUCAAGCCCGCCACAUACGCACACGCACACUCAUACCAACCAGACAGAACGCGGCUGCGACUGCGCGCGCCUCUCGCUGAAGGCAAACUGGCCGUCGGUCAAAGAGUUUGCGCCGACUUGGUCGACGACGAUCAUGUGGCCUGCAAACCUGUCCGAGGCGGAGUUCCGCAGGGAAGAGUGCCGGCGACUGGUGUGGUCGAGCGUCGCGAUGGUCGCGAACAUGAACGCGUAUGCCAGCAUCACGCCGCAGGGGAUCAUCGAGACCGGGGUGCUGUUCGUGCGGGAGUUCGAGGACUUUGCGCUCCAGACGCCGAGCGAAACGCUCGCACUGUCGGGCUUGCCCAUCCAAGUGGACGACGUAUGGUCGCUGAACCUACGAGCGAUGCUGCUCCUGCACGCCUGUCUGCGGGUGCGCGCGAGCCCGACGCUCAGCGGCGCACAGCGCGCCGAGUUCGCGGUGCGUGCGUGGCUCGAAAUCGACGACAUCGAGAAGCGACUCGAGCGCCACACGUGCGGUCUGUCGAGCAACUAUGGCUUCGCGAGUGUCGAGAUGCUGUUCAGCUUGCGGUUGUGCGUGUCGUAUGAGUUCAAGCGCUUCAUCCCGCAGAUCACCACCACCGGGAGUGCAAUGUUUUAUCGGGACAAGGCCGAAUCCUACCUGCGAUAUCUGAACGUGGCCGCCAAGAGCGUCUGGGAUGGCAUACGCACCGCGACGCCGGGCGAUAGGGAGCUGAACCAUCGCAAGGUGCUCUUCAUUUUUUGGUUCAUGUCCGGAAUCAAGAAGUGCCUCGUGCUGUGGGAGGCAGACGCCACGCUCACCCUCGCGCUCACCGUGGCGUGCCAAUCCGCCUCGUACCUCGAGUACUUCCUCAUGUACUGGCCCGCCACCCGUCUCAGGCAGAUCUGGCAGGGUAUCCGCUACCAGCUCGUCGAGGCGUGCAUGAAGGCAGGGCUGCCCACGCCAUCCGCUGCGAUUCCCCGGCCGAUACCGCGGAACGACCCCGCCUCAGUCGCAGCAGGCACGGCGCCGUGAACGCGCGUGAUUUACAUAUGUGGUGAUAUAGACCGGUUGUUUGCGGAUUUAGGAUGCCUCAUUGCUUUCAUAUCUUAUUCUAGAUAUAGUUUUUCCAGUCCAUUAUUAGAGACACUCAAACG